AUAACUUCCCUUUGCUGCCCUACAAGUAAUUCUUCAUGUAGGUGUGGUUUAUUUGGAUUAGUCUUUAAAUCCUCUCUCAUUUUUUGCUUCCAGGAAUUCAACACAUCUGGCUCUACUAAUAUUGACACUGGCAAGGCCGGUGGUAGUUUGGAGACCAAGUACAAGCUGAAGGAGCUGGGCCUGGGUCUCAAUCAGAAAUGGAACACGGACAACACUCUCACUACCGAGCUUUCUGUGGAGGACCAGCUGGCAAAGGGCUUGAAGGUGGCACUUGACACGUCCUUUGUCCCAAACACAGGCAAGAAGAGUGGCAAGCUGAAGAGUGGCUACAAGCGGGACUACAUCAACCUGUCCUGCGAUGUUGACUUUGAGGGCCCAGUCGUGCAUUCCGCAGCUGUUUUGGGCUACGCAGGCUGGUUGGCUGGUUACCAAAUGGCAUUUGACACAGCUAAGUCCAAACUGGUGCAGAACAACUUUGCUCUUGGCUACAAGGCUGGCGAUUUCCAGCUUUACACCAAAGUUAAUGAUGGCACUGAGUUUGGUGGCUCUGUCUACCAGAAGGUUAACAAUCAGCUGGAGACUGCUGUCAAUCUGGCCUGGACUGCUGGCAGCAACAACACACGCUUUGGCAUUGCUGCCAAGUACCAGCUGGACAGUGAUGCUUCUUUGUCUGCCAAGGUGAACAAUGCCAGUCUGAUUGGAAUUGGUUACACUCAGACUCUGCGACCAGGUGUGAAGGUGACACUCUCUGCGCUCAUCGAUGGCAAGAAUUUCAGCACCGGAGGACAUAAAGUUGGAAUGGGCUUUGAACUCGAAGCGUAAAUGCCCAGUCUAGUGGUAUUUCUCCUCUACGUUCCAUCAUUCGUUAUACACAAGCAUUUACCCAGUCACGUUGAAAAAAAUGAGACGUGAUCAUCGGUGCUGUUUUGAGUCAGCACUUGAAAGCUAAAUGCUUCCAUCCGCUAAGAUUAAAAAAAACACUGCACUACACCACUACGUUUCAUGGCAUUUAAUGGCAGUUGGAGUCGGUAUACAAUUAAUUCAAGAUAUUUUCCUGUUUUAUUACCAGAGUUAACUUUGCAUAAUAUAACAUAAGUGAAGCGUUUGCUGGUCUUCUGGGGGAUUUCAGUAUAAAACUAGGAAAGCUAACAGGUUGCAGUGUAAUAUCCUGUAGUCGGUACACAGACUUUUCAACAUGAUUAUUAAGUGAAUGUGUCAAUAAAUUCCUUCAUCAGCAUCCUGCAAUAAACUUUAUCUGAAAACUGGUA